GAGCAGCCGCUGCCCCUGCGUCCCGACCCGGGAGCGCGCGGGCAGCGUGGGGCGCGCAGCGACGCCCCCUGGGGCCGCGCCAACUCUGUCGGUGGCCCUCGAGGAGAGGAAGGGGGAAUAUGGCAUCAAAGGCGGCCCCCUCCUGCCGUCUGGUCUUCUGCCUCUUAAUCUCCGCUGCAGUGCUCAGGCCAGGUCUUGGAUUGUAUACUGUAAAUUCAGCAUAUGGAGAUACCAUUAUCAUGCCUUGCCGACACGAUGUACCUCAGAAUCUCAUGUUUGGCAAAUGGAAAUAUGAAAAGCCCGAUGGCUCCCCAGUAUUUAUUGCCUUCAGAUCCUCUACAAAGAAAAGUGUGCAGUAUGAUGAUGUGCCAGAAUACAAAGACAGAUUGAACCUCUCAGAAAACUACACUUUGUCCAUCAGUAAUGCAAGAAUCAGUGAUGAAAAGAGAUUUGUGUGCAUGCUAGUAACUGAGGACAACGUGUUUGAGGCACCUGUAAUAAUCAAGGUGUACAAGCAACCAUCCAAACCUGAAAUUGUCAGCAAAGCACCAUUUCUAGAAACAGGGCAGCUGAAAAAGUUGGGUGACUGCGUUGCAAAAGACAGUUACCCAGAUGGCAAUAUCACAUGGUACAGGAAUGGAAGAGUGUUGCAACCUCUUGAAGGAAUGGUAGUCAUAAUUUUUAAAAAGCAAAUGGACCCGGUAACUCAGCUCUAUACCAUGACUUCAUCACUUGAGUACAAGACCACCAAGGCUGACAUACAAACACCUUUCACCUGCUCUGUGACAUAUCAUGGACCAUCUGGCCAGAAAAUAGUUCAUUCUGAACAGGCAGUCUUCGAUAUUUACUAUCCUACAGAACAAGUGACAAUACAAGUGCUGCCACCAAAAAAUGCCAUCAAAGAAGGAGACAACAUCACUCUUAAAUGCUUGGGAAAUGGUAACCCUCCUCCCGAGGAGUUUUUGUUUUACUUACCAGGGCAGCCCGAAGGUAUAAGAAGCUCAAACACUUACAUGCUGACAGACGUGAGGCGCAAUGCGACAGGAGACUACAAAUGCUCCCUGAUAGACCAAAAAAGCAUGAUUGCUUCAACAGCCAUCACGGUUCACUAUUUGGAUUUGUCCUUAAACCCAAGUGGGGAAGUAACCAAGCAAAUAGGAGAUGCCUUGCCUGUUUCGUGCACAGUGUCUGCUAGUAGGAAUGCAACUGUGGUAUGGAUGAAAGAUAACAUCAGGCUUCGAUCUAGCCCAUCAUUUUCUAGUCUUCAUUAUCAGGAUGCUGGAAAUUAUGUCUGUGAAACUGCUCUGCAGGAAGUUGAAGGACUAAAGAAAAGAGAGUCUUUGACUCUCAUUGUAGAAGGAAAACCUCAAAUCAAAAUGACAAAGAAAACUGAUCCCAGUGGACUAUCUAAAACAAUAAUCUGUCAUGUGGAAGGUUUUCCAAAGCCAGCUAUACAGUGGACGAUUACUGGCAGCGGAAGCGUCAUAAACCAAACAGAGGAAUCUCCCUAUAUCAAUGGCAGGUAUUAUAGUAAAAUUAUCAUUUCCCCAGAAGAGAAUGUUACAUUAACUUGCACAGCAGAAAACCAGCUGGAGAAAACAGUAAACUCCUUGAAUGUAUCUGCUAUAAGUAUUCCAGAACACGAUGAGGCAGACGAGAUAAGUGAUGAAAACAGAGAAAAGGUGAAUGACCAGGCAAAACUAAUUGUGGGAAUCGUAGUUGGUCUCCUCCUUGCUGCCCUUGUUGCUGGCGUGGUUUACUGGCUGUACAUGAAGAAAUCAAAGACUGCAUCAAAACAUGUAAAUAAGGACCUUGGUAAUAUGGAGGAAAAUAAAAAGUUAGAAGAAAACAAUCACAAAACAGAAGCCUAAGAGAGAAACUGUUCUAGUUGUCCAGAGAAAAUAACUAUAUAGACCAAUUGAAGCAUGAACGUGGAUUGUAUUUAAGACAUAUACAAAGACAUUGACAGCAAUUCAUGGUUCAAGUAUUAAGCAGUUCAUUCUACCAAGCUGUCACAGGAAUUCAGAGAAUUAUCUCAAGUAAAACAAUGAAAUGAAAUUACAAACAAUAACAAGAAGUUUGGGCAGCCAUGAAAAUAGGUCAUAUGUUGUAUUUGGUUUGCUUUUUUUCUUCUGUAAAUGUCUGCACUGAGGAUUUCUUUUUGGUUUGCCUUUUAUGUAAAUUUUUUACGUAGCUAUUUUUAUACACUGUAAGCCUUGUUCUGGGAGUUGCUGUUAAUCUGAUGUAUAAUGUAAUGUUUUUAUUUCAAUUGUUUAUAUGAAUAAUCUGAGCAGGUACAUUUCUGAUUCUGAUUGCUAUCAGUAAUUCUCCCAAACCUUCUCACAAGCACCUAAAUCCCAAAGGUGGCAGCUUGUGAAGAUUGGGGGUAUACACAUUACCUGAUUCAAAAACUGUGAUUUUUAUCACACGGGAGGGGGAGGCAAAGAGUCAGAUUGAGAAGCUGGGUCGAGCUGACUCUCAGAGUUCAAUCACACACACAUAUGGACACAUACAUAUUAAUAGUACUCCCAACCUGACAAUUUUACCUAUUCUGAAAAAACAUAACAUAAUUUGGGUAGCACAUACCUAUAAAAUCACCUGCUAGUAAAUUUUUUUCUGUCAAAAGGAAAGUCAAAUCCAUGUGUGAGAGAGAAAGUUUGGAAAACUCGUGGAAACAUCCCCAUUUUCAUAGAUCACAAUGUAAAUCACUGUAAUUAAAAAUUAGUGUUAAAUCCUUUGGGUUAUCCACUGCCUUAAAAUUAUACCUAUUUCCUGUUUUAAAAAAAAAGAUAUCAAUCAGAAUUGGAGAUUUUUAACAGUGGUCAUUAUCAAAGCUGAGUUAUUUUCCACAGAAUAUAGAAUAUAUAUUUUUUUCGUGUGUGUUUUUGUUAACUACGCUACAGAUAUUGAAUGCACCUUGAGAUAAUUUAGUGUUUUUAACUGGUACAUAAUUUAUCAAGCAGUACAUGAAAGUGUAAUAAUAAAAUGUCUAUGUAUCUUUAGUUACAUUCAAAUUUGUAACUUUAUAAAACAUGUUUUAUGCUUGAGGAACUUUUUAGGGUGGUAGUAUAAAUGGAAACUUUUUGAAGUAGACUGGAUAUGGGCCAAUAGCUACUUGUGACUAGACUUUUAAACUUUGCUCUUUCAAGCAGAAGCCUGGUUUCUGGGAGAACACUGCACAGCCAUUUUUGUCCCAGGAUUUACAUAAUUUUAUAGAAAAAAAUGAACAUCAGAUUUCCAAGCAUAGAACUGUGUUCUUUCAGAAGAAAAGGAAAACUGGUGUUUGUUUUAUAGACUGAUAGAAUAAACAAUCAUGAAGGCAAUGAACAACAAAUUGAAGAUAAAGUCAGAUGGAGAUUAGGAAUCAUAUUUAGCCACUUCUGCAUUAUUUAGAAACACAUGUUAUUGUACAUUUGUAAACCGUUUACUGUCUGGGCAAUAGUGCCUCAGUUUAAUAAAAGCUUCCUGUAGUACAUUGGUAUGAAUUAAAUAUAUAAAAUAUCCUAUUAGACUCAAUGCUGUAUAAAAUAUUAUGGGAAAAAAGAAAAUGCAUUAUUUUGCCUCUAAACUUUGAUUUAUUGAAGUUUUAUUUGGCAGGAAAAAAAAUUUAAUCUUGGUCAAUAUUUAAACCAAAGUGAAAGGGGAAAAACCAAAGUUACUUGUUUUGCAUGGCAAAGCCAUUCUGUUAUCUUUGUAAAUACUGUUAUUUUUUUCUUUUCUCUUUAGAAUUUUGUUAAAGAAAUUCUAAAAUUUUUAAAUACCUGCUUUCCACAAUAAACCAUGAACACUAAAAUGAAAGUACUUCCAUAUAAAUAUUUUUUUCCUUUUUUUUUUGGUGUGGGAGAUCAAAGGUUCAAAGUCUAACUCCUAAGAUAUAUUUGCAGAAAGAAAUGUGACAAUAGAAGAGAAGUUUAUACUACGGUUAUUUCUUGGUUUCCACUUACUAUGGUUAACUAAAUCCAAAACAGCUGUCAGAACCUAGAGAGCAGAACAUGGGAAUCUCGGAGCUCUGGAUGGAAAGCAUAAAGUCUGCCUUGGAAAAAGGAAACAUUAUUACCAUUGAUCAAUAACUUUAUCAAAAGAAAAAGCUUAUUUGUGUAAAGGCAGCCAUUUGCACAGCGAUUUUCGGAAGGAAGAUAAUGCACAGUCCUCAAUUUAACUCUUUGGCAACAGGAGACAGGUUUUGUGAGUUCAAGAUUCAGUCCCUAUCUGUGAUUACAGGAAUUGUAUGUGGAAAUGGAUUAACAUACCCGUCUAUGCCUAAAAGAUAAUAAAACUGAAAUAUGUCUUCA